AUGCUUUUACAGUUCAAUUGGGAACGUCUAGACAUUACCGCCGCUGAGGCCAUUCGUGCAUUAGUGAAUACAAAAUUAGAGGAGGAACUCCAACAACGCCGUGAAGCCGCCAACUCCACAACCCCCAACAAGGGAGGAACUCCUAACAAUACUACUACUACUACUAAUAAUAAUAAUAAUAAUAAUAAUAAUAAUAAUAAUAAUAAUGCUAGUAGUAGUACAGGUAAUAGUGGAGGAGGAGGUUGUGUGGAGUCUCUGUGUGUGACGAGUGUGGAGUGGGGCAACACACCGCCGUUUGUGGAGGUUGUGGCGAUUGACGACGCGAUGGACUUCAGCCACGCGAACUCCACAUCGCACGACCCGCUGAGUUCCCUCCACGGCGGCGACGGCGGCAGCGAGGCGGACUCCACCGGCUGCUCCCCGCCGGCCUCCCUCUCCUCCACAACCACCGGCGGGGGGGCCGCGGGGAAGUGGACUGGGGGAGGAGCCGGAGGGGGAGCGGGAGGAGUUGGGGGGCGCGGGAACUCCAACGGCGGCGGGGGGCCGCGGGGGAAUCCGGCCGCCGCCUCCACCUCCUCCACGACGACCACCACCACCACCCCCGGGGCGGCAGGAGGAAUAGGAACAACAACAACAACAACUGGAGGAGGAGGAGGAGGGAAAGAUCGAUUGGCGCCUUAUGUGGGGCCCGGGGGACUUUAUGUCUCAUUACAUGUGACCUACGGAGGGUCUAUGCGGUUGUCGGUGUCGUCGGUAUUGCGGUAUGAUAUCCCGCUUGGUCCUUUGGCUGUUCUGCCGGUACGUAUGCCAAUAACACUUCAAUUCUCUAAAAUGGAUAUGGACUUUUAUCUUUGUGUAAAUAUUCAUCAGAAUACGUGUCGUAUAUGGAUGGAACCAGGGAAACUCUCAACUUCACCAAUAACGCGAAUGAAUGUUAUGGCAGUCUUUGGUGAACGUCGGAAUCAUUCCUGGCGGUCAUCAGAAUCGGUAGCUGGACUGCCUUUGACAACUGAUGAUUUUGAAGUAUCAGAUGAUUGUUCACAUGUGGAUAGUAGUCAUAAUGGGUCAGAAGAAGAUGAAGAUGCUGUUUUUAUGGAUGAAAGUGCCAUUUCACAGUUUGUUUUAAGCGAAAUACGAGCGGUGUUGCAAGAUAAAAUUCUUUAUCCACACUUUGUAGUGAUACCUUUGGCUGUAUGA